AUGAGCCAAUCGACACCCACGCGGGUGCGGCGCCAGGACGUCCUGUCCACCUGGAGUGGCAUCCGCCCCCUGGCGGCCGACCCCACCAAGCAGCAGCAGCAGGAGGGCGCCACCUCGUCCAUAGUGCGCGACCACGUCAUCUUCCAGGACGCGGACGGCCUGGUGACGGUGACCGGCGGGAAGUGGACCACGUACCGCCGGAUGGCGCAGGACGUGGUGGACACGCUGGUGACGUCCGGCCGCCUGCCGGCCACGCAGCGGCCCUGCGCCACUUCUGGGCUGCGGCUGCUGGGGGCUCGCGAGUACCACGCCCACACGCACGCAGAGGUCGCCCAGCGCAGCAGCGACCUUGCGUCCGCCCCGCCGCUGUCCGGCUCCCCCGCCCCGCGCCGCGCGCUGUCGCCCGCCCGCGCGCGCCACCUGGCGGCCGCCUAUGGCGACAAGGCCUUUGACGUCCUGGAGCUGGUCAAGUGGAGCGACGGCGCGCUGGCCGCGCCGCUCGCGCCGGGGCUGCCCUACAUAGAGGCGGAGGUGCUGCACGCGUGCCGCCAGGAGUACUGCGUCACGGUGGAGGACUUUGUGAUGCGGCGCACGCGCAUGGCCUUCCUGGACGCCGCGGCCACAGAGGGCGCCAUCCCCAGGGUGGCAGAGCUCAUGGCCUCUGAGCUGGGGUGGGGCAACCGCAAGCGGCGCGCCGAGGCGGCGGCCGCGGUGCGCGCGCUGCGCCAGGAGUUCUCCACUCCAGAGCCGGCCACCAAAGCCGUCGAGGCCGCGGCCGCCGCGGCACCAGUGGCGGCCGCCUGA